AUGGUGCAGGGUACAGCGGUUGAACCAUCGGACAGAGCCAACCACCCUCUCGAUGCUGGACAUGGCACAGCAACAGGAAACGGAUCAGCAUUACUCCAUUCAGUUAUUCAAAGCAAUGACGCUGCAGGCAGUUCGUCAAACAACAAUACCUCAUUGAGCAGCACAACACAACAACAACAGCCACCAGCACCUGUAACGGCUACCGAUGUGGACGAUCCUUCACACCCGCUCUUUCGACAUCGACGUACCGUCACCGACUUUGACUACGGCCCUAUAUUAGGAGAGGGCAGUUACUCGACGGUACUUGUUGGCAACGACAAAAAGACCGGCAAGCAGUAUGCUAUCAAGAAGCUCGACAAGGCUCAUAUUGUCAAGAAUGACAAAGUCAAGUAUGUCAUGAUUGAGCGUGAUGCAUUGAGCAAGAUGAACCAUCCUGGCAUUGUUCGACUCUAUUGGACGUUCAAGGAUAAUCGCAGCUUGUACUAUGUGAUCGACUUGGCAAGGAAUGGUGAACUAUACACGUAUAUUCGAAGACUCGCUCCUUUCGAUAUGGACACGGCACGAUUUUAUGCGGCCGAGAUAUUACUUGCCAUUGAACACAUCCAUAGCCGAAAUAUCGUUCACAGAGAUAUCAAACCAGAAAAUAUUCUACUGGAUGAUCGUAUGCAUAUCAAGAUUACAGACUUUGGAUCAGCCAAGAUUCUACAGCCUGAAAAGACGAGCAACGAGAAUGAGCAGGGUGAAGAAGAUGGCGAGGGCACCAGCACGACACGCUCGAGAUCAUUUGUUGGUACGGCGGAAUAUGUGUCUCCUGAGCUCCUUAGAAGUGAUCCAACUUUACAAGAAGCGGAUCUAUGGGCGUUGGGAUGUGUGAUCUAUCAAAUGCUUGCAGGCCGUUCUCCCUUCAAGGCAUCCACCGACUAUCUUAUCUUUCAAAAAGUGAAGAAUUUGGACUACAGCAUCCCUGAUGACUUUCCAGAAGUGGCCAAAGAUUUGGUGAUGAAAUUACUCUUGUUGGAACCAGAACAACGAUUGGGAUCUGAAGCUACUGGUGGAAUGGAUGCACUCAAAGCACACCCAUUUUUCGAUGGUAUCGAUUGGGACCAUAUUUGGGAAUCGCAAGCACCACCAUUGAAGGAACGAUUGGAUGCCAAACUCAAAAGAACGCGAGCAACAGCAACAGCAGGCACAAAUGUGGUGGAUAACGAUGAUAUCUGGUUUGGCGAUGAAGGGCACAUGAUACCAUCCUUGACAACCCAAGCAGUACCGCAACCACCAAAGGAUCCAUUCAGUGAUGAAGCAGCAGCUCGUGUAGAAGAUGACAACGAUGAUGAUGAUUCUAUACAUGGCCCACUUAGCCAAGCACCCCAUCCACCUACAGCUGCUGCUGCUGCUGUAGUACGACAACGUCACAUAUCAGGGGAUCAAGGUGCUACUACUACUGCCACUGCUUCUGCUGCUACUACAUCGAGUGGGGUCGCUGGCGGCCACCAUCCAUCAGCAUCACAAACUUCGACUUUGGAAAGGUUAGGAGAGCAAUCACAUCCACCAUGGAUGCCGCAUUUGUAUCCAAACGAGUCUAUUGUGCGAUGUGGUCGACUAACACGACGACGUGGUUUAUUCAACAAGAAGCGAGUGCUGAUACUUACAGAUCGACCACGGUUAUUAUACUUGGAUGAAGGACCCGAAAAAGAUGGUGCAGGAGGUGCAUUACGGUGUGAGAUUCCAUGGAUACCACAGUUACUCGCUGAACUCAAGACUAAAUCUGUGUUUUGCAUUCAUACACCACAAAAAUCAUAUACACUGGAGGAUAGCAAUGCACAAGCACAAGAGUGGGUUAAUACCAUCAAUUCCAUGUUAGUUGAUAGCUUUGGUGUAGCAGCAUGA